AGGCGCGGGUCAUUGUAGUCGUCGCGCGCAUCUCCCAGCACUCCCUUCGCGUUCUCUCUCUCUUCCUCAGUGCUUUUUCUCCACGCCCUCAGGCGUUUCGCUCACAGCCGCGCUGAACGCGUAGAGAGGACUGCAGGUCCCGUUUGCGUGCUCACCGACGACUCUUUUUGGGUUUUUUUUCGUGAACGCGUGAAACAGCCGGUCUUUGAGGCUUUUUCUCAAACUUCAGCUUGCACCGCACGCGCACCCACCGACAGACCCACCGCUUCUCAAUAUGUCAGGCGAAGACGCGCCCGCCCAGCAGCAGAACGCCGAAGAGCAAAAACCGCAGCAGCAGCAACAGGAUGGCGAAUCCAAAGCCGAGUCGCCCAAAACCGAGAACAAACCGGAGGCAACGCCCGCUGAACCUGCCGCCGCCGCCGCCCCUGCUGCUGCUUCAGGCGAGGCGGCUGCGCCCGCGGACAAACCCGCCGAGGAGGACACCUUUAGCUACCGUGCGCUCGUGCUCACAGGCUACGGCGGCUACGACAAAGUGAAGCUGCAGGUGAAGAAAGGAAAGCCGGCGCUCAAGAGCGGAGAAGUGAUGGUGCGCGUCAAGGCGUGCGGCCUCAACUUCGCCGACCUCAUGGCACGCCAGGGGCUUUACGACCGUCUCCCGUCUCCGCCGGUCACACCGGGAAUGGAGUGCUCGGGAAUCAUCGAGGCCGUCGGUGAAGAUGUGACGGAUAGAAAAGUGGGCGAUAAGGUGCUGGUUCUGAACCGCUGUGGUAUGUGGCAAGAAGUGGCCGUGGUGCCCACCUCGCACACCUUCCCCAUGCCUGAGGCGAUGAGCUUCGAGGAAGCAGCCGCUCUGCCAGUCAACUACAUCACCGCCUACAUGAUGCUGUUCGACUUCGGCCACCUGCGUCCCAACCAGAGCGUGCUCAUCCACAUGGCUGCAGGAGGAGUGGGGAUUGCUGCUACUCAGCUCUGUAAGACUGUGAAGGAUGUCACCAUCUUUGGAACCGCUUCAGCCAGUAAGCAUGAGGUCAUCAGCGAGGGAGGAGUCACGCACCCCAUCGACUACCGCACGCGGGACUACGUAGAGGAGGUCCGCAAGGUCAACCCUAAAGGUGUGGACAUUGUCUUGGAUCCCCUGGGUGGUUCUGACACCCAUAAGGGCUACAACCUGUUGAAGCCAAUGGGCAAACUCGUCAGCUAUGGUGCCGCCAACAUGCUGUCUGGUCAGAAGAAGAACCUGUUCGCCGUGGCUAAAACCUGGUACCAGCAGUUCUCCAUUCAUACCCUGAGUCUGUGCCAGAACAACCGCGCCGUCUGCGGCUUCCACCUGGGCUACCUGGACUCGGAGCUCGUCACAGACGUCAUGAACGAAUUGCUGGGGCUGUACCAGCAGGGCAAGAUCAAACCCCGCAUUGACUCUACCUACCACCUCGAGCAGGUUGGUGAUGCCAUGCGUAGGAUGCAGGAGCGGGGCAACAUCGGCAAAAUCAUCCUCACCACCGAGCCCAUGAAGGAGGAGCCCAAGAAGGAGGAGUCCAAGAAAGACGAGAAGAAAGAUGAUAAGAAGAAGGAGGACAAGAAGAAGGAAGACAAGAAGAAGGAUGAGGCCAAGAAGGAGGAAAAGAAGAAAGAGGAGGCCAAGAAGGAGGAGAAGAAACCUGAGGAGAAGAAACCUGAAGAGAAGAAACCUGAAGAGAAGAAACCUGAGGAGAAGAAUGAAGAGGCCAAGAAAGAGGAGAAUUGAGAGUUGGGCAGAAGCUAGGCAGGAAAUUGGUGGCUGUGAAUUGUGUUUGUCUUGGGAGUAGGGGAUCAUUUGUGUGUGUGUGUGUUUGUGUGUGUGAGUGUUGGGAAGUACAGCGUAGUCCAGCUCUCGGCUCAACCCCAGGCACUUACUCUGGCCUUAAAUCAUCAUCAUGCACUGAAAUCUGUAAUAGUUUAUCCAGCCUUAUAUAAGUUCUCAAGUUGCUUACUAAUUAAUGCGUGCACACAGGAGUAUACAUACAAGUAUACACACACGCCCAUUUAACAGGGAUAUACCACUCUAUUAUGCCUCUGUUUCUCUGAUGUGUUAUUUUUCCUGUAUUCAUGCACUCUUGUACUCUGUGCUGUUACUAAUCUUUAACUGCGUGCCUUUUGAGGUAUGCUGGAUCAGUAUUACACUGCCAAAUUCAGUACUCCAUCACCUUUUCGUUCUUCAUCCUCUCAACUGUCACACUACUAAAAUCUCGAGCAUUCAUUCUCACCAUUCUUUACCAUUUCAAAUUUGGCUCAACGUUUUCUUGUGUAAUAGCUGCAUAUUCACAAAGGCUUCUGGGUAACUGCCAGGGUUGAGCAAGAGUCCUGUUGCCGUGACUACAGUAUUCCAUAUGUUUCCUGUCCCCUUAUCCCAAACCCCUACUCAUCUCCCCAGUCACAUCUGUUCUCCUUUUAGUGAUCCUGUUCUUCUUAUUGGACCAGACUCUUUGACGGAGAAGUCAAUCACUGAGCCCCGCCCACAUCAUUCACCGAGGCACUAGGGAGGAGUCAGUGUGGUUUUGCUGAAAAUCUAUUAAAGCUUGGCAAAAAAAUAAUGAUGCAUUGUUUAAAAGCUUUCGAUCAGAGGAUCAGGUUGAAAAUGAAUGAUGAAUAUGGCUGUAAUGAUCACUCAGGUUUUCAUGAAGAAUGCAGGCCAGAGAAAGGAAGGAGGCUGUGCUACAAAAAUGGAAAAACACAAAGGAAACGUACGAGCAUGCCAUUUAUAGGGUUUCAUAUGAUUUUAUAUUCUGACAAAGACGCUGCAGUCUUGGCUGUAGUGGCCCGCUCAUGUGUAAAAUCACAUCUCUAUCAGACUGUACACAAAUGAAAUCAUUAAUCUGUCAUCAGACAUGCUGCCUGCUAGGAUCUUAAUGAACUCUCCUACAGAGCAGCAGUAUGAAACGUCUCCCUCGACACACAGGCAUGCACACACAUGCGCGUUCCCGGGUGGUUGUAUUAAAGCAGAGAUGCUGAAGCACUCAGUUUUAGAUAAACCUGGAAUGCUGCUUUAUUCCUGAGCCUCCUCCAGGAUUCCACAUUAUCUGGAGCAUUCCGCUCCAAUCCUUAUGACCGCUGGCCUGUUUCCAGAGUAAUCAUUGUUUUUUUUCUGAUUCUCUGCCUCUCCUUUCUUUCUUUCUGUCUUUCUAUCUCGCUCACUUGCGUUUUUUACCAUCACUAGUUGGCAUAGCAACAGGCAGUCGGCCAGCAAGUGAUGACAUGUUUGCCCCCACCCCCCACCCACCAAUUCCAAUCACUCCCAUGCUCAUUUACACACACUUUUCUUUUCUUUUUUUCCCCUCCCGCUUUUCCGCAAUUAAAUAUUGUCCAAAAUCUCUUUCUAUGCUGAUUUGACAUCCAUUCAUGCUGCUAUGUCGCAGAGUGUAACCUGGCAACCUUCCAACUCCAAAAGCCGUCAGUCAAACCCACUGACUCCUCCCUCAGUUAAAUGUAUGCAUCUCUAGUGCUCUUCUGCCUCUUGUGGUGAAAUCGAUGCAUUGCAGCAACGUUAUUUCCCUCCCUCUGUCACUGGGUCUGGUUUUUGUUUGUUUGAUGUGUGAACUGCGGUGUGUUUGUGUACAGAUGUGGUUGAGAGGUUGUGUGGAUGUGUGUCUCUGUCCUCAGGUCAGUUGUCAGAUGAAAAUGUGGUUUGGGUUUUUUUUGUUGUUGGGUUUUUUUUUUUUCUGUCUCUACCUCCCUUAUGCUAUGAGCUAGCACAUAUGAGCUAGCCUCCCCUUGCAGUUUUAACUCUAACAAACAUAACUUGUAAGCGCCCUCCCCACCUCUCUCUUUCUCUCUCUCUCUCUCUCUCUCUCUCUCUCUCUCUCUCGUGAAUGGCCUGUGUUUAGUUUAGUUUGGUAUUAUUUGCACUCUGCUUGUGAAUCUUAAUGCACUUCUAGAGAUGGCAGUCCCAUUCCCAGCCCCACUGUUCCUCAGGAGUCCUCUCCAAUGCUUCUUGAUGUUGGCAUAUACACACUUCAUGCUCUCUUCCAUAUACAUCUACAUGUACUUAUUUUGUAUCAUACACACACACACACCAGUCACGAAUUGUUAGGAAGAAAAAAACAUUCAUCUCAACCAGUUUGUUAAUCACUGAAAGCUCAUCCAUCGAUCUAUAUGGAGGAGGUUACCCAGAAUGCACCGGGAAGGGGGUGGCACUGCCAUCCUUGCCCUAAAGAGUGACAGUGUUCUGACACGAGACCGGCAACUGGAUUCUGAUGCGAAUUCAGUUUCGGGAUCUUUCUAGUUCUUGUUUUGUUUUUUUUGUUUGUUUUUGUUUGUUUUUGUUUUUGUUUUGGUUUGUUGUGUAUGGUUUUCUCCCUGUGUUCUAGUGAAAAGUGUUUCAGUUCUGAAGCACCGCGUGACCCCUGACUAACACUCCAGAGAAGGGUGUCUUUCCUCAUUCUCUUACCUUUUUUGUUUUUGUUUGUUUUUUGUUUUGUUUUGUUUUUUUUGCUGUUGUUGCUGUGUUACUAUUCAUUUUGCGUGGUUCUAAGUUCAAGAGGCUUCGCUGCACUUCCGUUCAAAUGUGAGGAAUGACGUUCUGUUGAUCCUGAAUAAGUGUGCCAAACUGUGCUUGAGGCUCUUGCCUUCACUCCAGCUAUCCUUACUACACCGAACGACAAAAGAGAAGGAACGACGAAAAACGUUGCCGGUCACUUUUAAACCGACUGGCAAUUUAAAAAAAAAAAAAAAAAAUUCCAAACUGAUGUCGUACCUGUCGUGUGUGGUUGAUCGCAUCGCUGAAAUUUACUGGUGCUUAAGAACUCCUGGCUUUUUCGCUAAUCCAUGCAAACGCUGUUUAGGUCUCACUGUGCCGACCGUUAAAAAAAACACUGGGAUACCUCCGCAAAAACACAAACACACACUCACAUUCACACUGCCCUCUCUGGCACACUCGGUCAGCUUUGCUCGGAAUGGCUGAUCUGUCAGUUAAUGCUAAAAAUGUUAGUGUUUACAACUCAAAAGAAAGAUCAGGCCGUGCAGAACUGGACAUCAGACACGACGUGUUAAGAUCCGCAUCAAUUUGACUUGUCUGCUGUGAGAGAGAAAAUAGCGGCGUAAUAUUUAUACAAACAACAACUGCACUGUUUGGACUGGAUUCUAGUAGAACCCAAGUUCCACCCGGAUCUUCCAUCUCAUUCUCUAAGCAGAGUCGUUCUGGUCCUAGUAACUCCGGCUGGGUGACAUCCACCAUUUCCUCCGUCAUGGUUUCGUCUGGCUGUAGAGCAAAAUAAAAACUCAGCUAUUCUGCAGUUCACCUCGAAGCUCAGUCCCAAUAGCAUUAACUUCUGCUUUAUGACUGCAUGCAUUCUCUGGUAUGAGGUUUAUACAUUAGCACACAGUUUGCAUUUUAGCUCACUUCCCUUCUUAUUCCCCCCCCAGUUCUGAGGCCCAAGAUGAGCUUAGCUGCAGGUGUGCAUGUCUCUGGUGGAUAUGGAGUUUAGCUGUGUGGAUCAUGGCCAGAGCGGUCGAGGUUCCAACGGAGCUGCACUGCUUCCUCUCUCCCUUUCACAGCCACUGUAACUUUCCCAGAACAGGAAACUCCCUUCAGGACCCUGUUUAGCUUUUCAGAGCAGCGUUCGAGCGUGAGAGUCAAACAGCUUGAGCUUACAUUUUACCUUCUUUCUUUUUUUCCUGUUUAAACUGCGAGACCGAAAUCGAUAAGCGUAUAUUUAGCAUUUUUAGAUACGAGUAGAUGUGCUGGUUGACAGGGUACUUACCAAAUGAUAAAUUUAGGAUUUGGUCUUAGAAAUCGUACGACGUUUUUUUCCACCUUAGUUGUGGUGCCUAUUAUUACAGCGAUUAUAUUUGUAAGAACCAAGAUUUCUAACUAGAUUCGUUAGGCAUUUGUAUAUCAGGACCCCAAAGAUUACCAUGCCAUGACUCACCACUGCAGUUGCUAAAUAGCUUCAAACAACGAUCGCUCGCCUCUCGAGCUGUAUUUGUAUUAAUCACUCUUUCUUCCACACACGUCAGAGAUGCGACAGGCUGUCUUCUUUGUUUUCCUCCGAACGCCCUCCAUCAGUGUUCUCUCCAAUGUAUUUGAGACCCUGUGAAGGGCCGCUGCUUCUGUGCUUGACUCUGGGUUGGAUCACGUGUGACUCACACAAGUGGUCAAGAGGACCGUAGAGCUCGUUUAACGCUUCUGUGUGUGAUGUUACCAUUAUGCCUUACAUGUUUUCCAGGACUAAUAAAAGAGCAUAACAAAAGAAA